AUGCUGCUGCUCGACUACCACAAUGUUCUCAUCCACACGUUACUCACUGAACGUUUCUCUGGCUCUCCACCUGUGUCAAUUGACCAAAUAGUCUCUGACUUCGAUGGCGUUACUUUUCACUUGUCUACUCCGGAAUCCAAGUCGAAGAUUUUGAUCUCCAUCUCCGUGAAAUGCUUCAAUGAUUUGGUCAAAUACGGCGCCCAAGAUGUCCUUGCACGCGAAUACGGUCCAUACAUCGUCUCCCCAGAGCCCGGCUUCGACUUUUCUAUCCAAGUGGACCUGGAAAACCUUCCCGAGGACCCGGCUGCUCGCGAUGAGCUCGUACGGAAGAUUUCCCUCAUGAGACGAAAUGCUAUGGCCGCGCCUUUCGAGAGAGCCUUCGAGGAACACGCGAAAUUUGCCGAAGAGGCAUCCAAAUUCUCAUCAGAAUCUGCCCCUGAAGGCGUUCGGGAAGGAGGAGAGGUUAUGGCGAUCCAUUAUCGAGACGAAGAAGCCAUCUAUGUCAAGGCCAGCCACGACAGAGUCACGGUCAUUUUCAGCACAAUCUUCAGAGAAGAAACCGACAGAGUAUACGGGAAGGUGUUCUUGCAAGUCGGUGUCUCCGCGGAAUUUGUCGACGCUCGUAGAAGAGCAAUCCAGAAUGCACCUCAAGUUCUUUUCAGACAAGAUCCGCCUCUGGAGCUGCAUGGUGUACCUGGUCUGUCUGACCCAGGAACGGGCGAGAUUGGCUACGUUACCUUUGUCCUUUUUCCGAGACAUUUAACGCUCCAGCGCCGAGACGAAGUCAUUUCACAUAUUCAGACAUUCCGUGAUUACUUCCAUUACCAUAUCAAAGCGUCGAAGGCAUAUAUCCACUCCAGAAUGCGACGGCGGACAGCGGAUUUCCUACAAGUGCUCCGUAGAGCUCGCCCAGAGAAUGAGGAAAAGGAAAGAAAGACCGCCAGCGGAAGAACCUUCAGGGUGCAAUAAGUCCUGGCUUCUCACUUGUCCAUCUAAGUCCUCAUCCCAAAGCGCCCGAGAGUCCCGUUGUCAAAAUGCUAUUUCCGAGGUACAGAGCGUGAAAGUCCCACUGCCGCUUACAUUAUCAUGAUGAAAUUUACCAUGCAUGGCUGUCUUGUCGAACCUGCUUUUAUCGAAUCUCAUUUAGUUCAGGGAUCGGUCUGAGAGAAG